UGUCUCUCUACAUGCUUAUUUUUCUGUGUUUUUUCUUAUUUUUUAUUAUUUUUAAUAUGAUAAAUUUGCAGUUUCCAUGGAAAAGUGGUCAAUCCCUUGAAAGCUUAGAAAAUACUAAAAAUACUCCAAUUAAUCGUUUAAAUCCUUUUCCCUUUUCCACAAGUGCAUAGGUUGCUUUGUCUUUAGUUUGUUUUUUCUUUUUGGCUAUGAGCGAAGUUUCUCCAGCUGCUACAGAAGCCCCCAUGGAAACUGAGGAGGAAAAUAGACAAGAACAGGAUGUGGAAAGGGGAAGCCAUAGACUAGCCUUACCACAAGAUGGCUAUGAGUGGAGGAAAUAUGGCCAGAAGUUCAUAAAAAAUAUUGGAAAAUUCAGGAGCUAUUUCAAGUGCAGGAACCAAAACUGCAAUGCGAGGAAGAAAGUAGAGUGGAGUGACAGGCAGCCAGAUAAUAUUCGAAUAGUGUAUGAAGGGGUGCAUUCCCAUUCCUCUGAUCACUCUCAUUCAUCCCAACCCACUUCUUCUGCUGCUAACCAAUACAAUUUGUUAAACCAAGUUUAUGGAGAUCAUCAACCUGCUUCACAAUAAUACUACGUAUAUAACUUAAUUUAAGUGCCAUAUUAUUGUAAAUUCUUAUAACAAAUAUAUAUAUAUUCAGGAUCUUGGUCUUUGAUGAUGUUUGUUCA